AUGGCAUCUGUUAAAAUAGAGGACAGUCAUAAGUUAUUGCUUGAAAAGCUGUUAUCAGAAUCGGGGGUCGAGUGUAUCAGAUCAGCUUCAGAGUCCUUGGAGCCGUCUACUCUGUCAGCUGAGACUGAGGAACCAAGUCCCCAUGAAGUUGACGAAGAAGAGGUAAAAGAAGAAUUGAUUGAAGAGACAACAGCGCCGAUCUCAGAAGAGUAUGUCGAGGAGCAACCGAAAGUAUUUCCAAGUCCAUCGCUAAGGAAAAUCUUGCCUGAUAGAAUCCGGAAGUUCGAAGAGCAAAAUCGAAUCCACGUACUCCCUGAUGAGUUCAGAACAGAUAUAGACCCUGAACUUAUACCAAAGAUAGCUUUAACAGCGCAACAGAAGUAUAUAGACAUAUUGGGGGAUAUCACCGGAUGUGUAACGUAUAAGAAAAGUUUGGCGGAGUUCUGGUUUUUGGACACCUUGGCUAAUCUUUUAGGCCGAGCUCAGGAAGAUGAGAUGAGUCGAUCUUCCCAGGCGGUUUUGAUUCAAUGGUUUUGUGAGUGGAUGAAGGAGAUCCAACACUUCGAUGCCGCUGACCGUGAACGGAUGUUGAUACGUUUUAAGGACAACAUGCUAUCAGCAGCGAGGUGUAUAGCUGUGCAGCACCGUCUUCCAACUCCUCAAGAGGCCGGCGUGUCCUACAAAGCGGAAGAGCCGACUAAAGGGGCAUCCCAUACUGCUGCGCACGAUCCAGAGUCCAAACAUCUCGUCACGUUCGAAGGUGCAGCCUACGAGUGUUCCUUGAGGGAUCUGACCUGCAUCAUACAUUAUAUCUUUGACUUAUUCAGCACAGACUAUCAAUUCAACAUAGUCAGAGCUGUAUUCACAUUCACCCCAGAGUAUAACCUAAUAGAUGCUCCAUAUCAAAUUCAGAACCCGAAGAGGUUGUUCGCACCACUUAAGUUGAAGCCUAGAAAAGAGCCAAAGAAAGAGAAGCCCUCGAAGGGAAAGAAGAAGGAGAUUGAGACGGAAGAGUAUUUGGCGCUUAUGGAGCUUCGUGCCCGCGACGAGAAAGAUCAGAAUGAGAGGGAAGAUAGAGACCAAGAUGCAUGGCAUCGUCGCAACCACAUCCUGCCUCUCAACUUCGCGACUGAUGACGAGUUCUUCAACAAGUUCUGGCCACCACCGCCUCCUGAGACAGAGCCGGUUCCCGAACCGGAUCCCAAAGGCAAAGGAAAGGGGAGAAGGAAGAAAUAA